GAAUCUAUGCGAAGGGUCAUACCACAUCAGAUGUUCGUAUCGUAAAGACAUUUUGGCUGUUUUGCGAGUCAACACGUGCUUCAUCGUUUCCCUAUACCCCCUGGAAAUUGGAUUAUUCUUCCCGGCAAUAGGUGGUGCUUCCUUAAAUUUUGAAAGUGCUGUAUUUGCUUGGGCAGUGGAUAGAUUGGUGUGGUAAAAAAGACAUCGGUUUACUCUUUCAACUGUAUUUCAUUGUGUAGCCGGGAAACACAAGGUGAAACAUCGCAUAUAUGUAUCGGAACUAUCUCAGAGGAACCGACCAGACCUUCUCUGAGAGUAGCUCUGGCUCCGGAUCAAACCCUACGGGAACAAGCACUGCUACCGCACAGCAACAACAGUUGUCUGUGGCAGGAUCCAGUCAGUUUGUGCCCAGCCUCAAUGCAAUCACUUCCAGUCAGGAUCUCCAGUGGCUGGUACAACCAUCCAUCAUUGGCCCUCCAGGACCCUCAAGAUCCCUGCGUCCCCCUUACGCCAUGACAGUUGGUGGCCAUUCCAUGGGGGGCUCUCGCCCUGCUCACAGCCACAUUAUCCGCCCAGGGGUUAUACGAGCUCCCUCCGCGUCAGGGAACUCCACAAGACGCCGCGCUGAUGAACAUUUAUCCCCAGAGGAACAAGAACGACGAAGAGUCAGAAGAGAGCGAAACAAAAUGGCUGCUGCUAAAUGCAGAAACCGCAGAAGAGAACUGACUGACACACUUCAAACUGAGACAGACCAGUUGGAGGAUGAUAAGUCCCGUCUACAAAAGGAGAUUGCAAACCUACAGAAAGAGAAAGAGAAGCUUGAACUGGUUCUCGAGGCCCAUCGCCCCAUCUGCAAGACCCAAGAUUCCGACUCUGACUCCGACUCCGACUCUCGUCCUAAAUUUCCUACUCUUCGAGGCAUUAAGAUUGAACCAGCUGACUCUGACCUACCGAGACCCUCCAAAUCAGCCCAGCCAAAAGCAGACAAACCCAAGCCCAAAAUAACCAUCCCACCUCCACCUGCCCCAGCCUCUUCAUCUGCCAUCCAUAUUGAAUCUGAAGCUCUGCACACACCUGUGCUCAUGUCUACGCCCUCGCUCACACCGUUCACCUCCAGCCUGAUCUUUACCUACCCAUCGGCCUCACUGGAAGCAGGCCCCUCGGUGACUGCACAAAACCUCAGCCUUCCUGGUCCCUCGACUUCCACUCAACAAAGCACUAUCCAUGCCUCAAGGAGACAUGAGCCUUGUGGUAUUGCCCAUCGUCGUAGCAGCAGUAGUGGUGACCAGUCUGAUCACUCGCUCAGCUCUCCAACUAUCCUGACCUUAUGAUGUUCUUCAUCAAUUAAGAGGAUGUCAAAGAAAACAUGGCUAGUCUAGAAGGUGACGAUGUGUCCAUUGAAAGUGUUUUAAGACAAAGCAAAACAUUUCAACUAAUGAAAAGGAAUGGAUGAAAGAAAUGAAAACUAAUGAAACAUUAUUUCAGUCCCAUACUUUUAAGAAUAGCUCAUAUAACUAUGCCAUAGUAUGUGCUAAUAUUUGUCUUUUUUAAAGGUCAACUCUAAAGAACACUUUAUUUAUACAGUAUAUAUUAUAACUUCAUUAAAUUAAUCUACUUAUUGAUCUUCCAAUGCCAUUAUCACAAAGCGGAAGACACUUCCUGCUGAUUUGUUGUCCACUAAUGGCAUGACUGAAGACAGAUUGUGAGAGUUUGUGAGUACAUUGUUUAAAUUUUUGUGCAUUAAAUCAGAUGUAUGUCUUCAUUUUGAUGAUGUUAUACAUUUUGUACCCAUCAAGUGAGCAUUAUCAAGAAGAAAAAAACUAUACCUACAAUCUAUGUUAAUUUAUGUGAUGGAGUUAUGUUUAUGUGUCUUUAACAUCUCUCUUAGCCUCUAUUUGUACUAAAAGCCCAUUUCACACUGACAUAAUGUAGCAGACCUGUCAAAUUCUACAUAUUUCAUGUGAAUUAUAUGAUCACUAUGCACUUGAAAUUACUGUGUGUUACACUAUUUUGUAAGGUGUGUUAUUAUGUCUGAGAUGUUUCAAUAGAGAGGUAAUAUAUGUAACUGUAUGACAUGAAGACACAACCAAGGCUGGACCAUAGGGGUACGUCUAGAUAUUUAUUUUGGAAGAAAAAUAUAUAAUAUUUUUGUAAGAGUUGGUUGUUACCAGUCUGUAAUAACACGUGUCUACUGUGAGACUACAACAUGUUGUCUUUGAGUAAAUAAAAUAGUGACUCAUAUACAUGUCUGA